UUCCCACAACAACACAUAGCCUACCUGCUGCCUCAUACCUGCUCCACAUUUAUUCAUGUCAGAAAGCACCACCGGCCACUAUGUGGACGAGGCAUGAGAGCAGAAAUUAAAGGAAGUCAGUUCUUUGCAGUGAAGUUUCUUGCCCAUUGGAUAUGUCUGUAUACAUAACCUACAGGAGUCAAGUGAUAUUUAAUAUGCGCUCAGCAUGGAUCCACUACAAGUGACGUGCUCGCAUGGAUAUUAUUCGUCGUUAUAAUUGAACGAUUGCUUCAACAUAUUAAUUUAGAUCAACUUUCCCUGACCGCUCCUGCUGGAUUGGAGGUUUGUGGUGUCAGCUAUGGGAGAGAUCGCGACGUUUUUACAGAGCCUGGAGGGUUUCGGACAGGUCGGAUCACAGUUCUUUCUACCACCUCUAGGAGAAAACCUCGGGCUGUUGAAUGAUCAUUUAGUUCCAGCAGAGAGACUGUCACUGAGCACCUCCGCAGAUCUAACGCACUUGAAAGGGAUCCUGCGGAGAAGACAGUUGUACUGCAGGACUGGAUUUCAUCUCGAAAUACUCCCGGAUGGCAGCGUGCAGGGCACGAGAAUGGACCACAGUCGUUUUGGUAUUUUGGAAUUCAUAAGCCUUGCAGUUGGAUUAAUAAGCAUCCGUGGAGUGGACAGUGGUCUCUACCUUGGGAUGAACGACAAGGGAGAACUUUACGGCUCUGAGAAACUCACAGCAGAAUGUGUCUUCCGUGAGCAGUUUGAGGAGAACUGGUACAACACAUACUCUUCAAAUCUCUAUAAGCAUGGGGAGAGAGGAGCACGAUAUUUUGUGGCUCUCAACAAGGACGGCACGCCACGUGAUGGGACAAAAUCUAGGAGACAUCAAAAGUUCACUCAUUUUCUUCCAAGACCAGUGGACCGUGAAAAAGUUCCAGAACUUUACAAAGAAGUGCUUGGAGUGCUGAGACCAUCAGUCCCAGUUAAGAGCUGAGAGGGAUGUCCAUUUUUUCUCUACAUGACGUGGAGAUGCUAAUGUUCGGCCACAGUGUCCAACCUGAGAUCUGCUCUGGAAAUGCACUGGCCAGUACUGAUGGUGAAGAGAACAGUCUCCAAAGACUCCCUUCAUGUGAAAGCCAAGCUGCAUUUGGUGUCUUUGUUGCUGGUUGUAACAGACUACUAGCAUAACAUGUCCAUGAAAACCAAAAACUGAGGUUUUGGAGGUUUUAAACAUGGUUUUGCUUUGCUCUGGAAAUAUUCAAUAUGUGUUAAGAAGGACUUGAAGGAACAAUACGUACAUGAUGCUCAGAGAUGACAGAACUGGGACAGUGAAGAACAGGAGAUGCCAUCUCACAUGAUGUUAUUUAUACAGUUCUUGAUACAUAUAUUUAUUGUAUGUAUUUAUUUAUUUGAAAAUAUAAAUAUAUAUUUUUACAUCUAAAAGUAGAUUUUUUUAUUAGACCAAACAGUAGAAGAUGCUUUGAAAUAGUGGCAAAGCUGUUCUUUUUAUGUGACGGAAGCUGUGCAAGUUAAUUAUUAUCUCUGCUAUGAUAUUAAGAAAGAUUGUUAUUUCCUAUUGCAAAUGUAUGAAGAAUGCCAUGAGACCCUGUGAUUUUAAUAGAUUUGUUUCAAGCAGGAUUCCCCAGAAUGGCAUGCUGCACAGUACAUUUCACAGGCCAUUAAAUCAAGUAUUAUAAUUAAAAAGCUUGUUUUGUUUGAUAUGAUAUUAAUU